ACACCCCAGCGCCCGCGGUCCCUUUAAGAGGCCCCGGCCUUCCUUCCGCGCGCCGCCGCCAUGGCCGCGCAGCAGCUGGAGGAGAAGCUGACCUGCUCCAUCUGCCUGGAGCUCUACAAGGAGCCGGUGACGCUGCUCUGCGGCCACAACUUCUGCGGGGCCUGCAUCCGGGACUGGGGGGGCCGCUGCGAGAAGGUGUGCCCCGAGUGCCGGGAGCCCUUCCCGGACGGCGCCGAGCUGCGCCGCAACGUGGCUCUGAGCGGCGUGGUGGAGGAGCUGCGCGGCACGCCCGGCCCCUGCCCCGAUCCCGGCCCCGGCGCGCGCUGCCCCCGGCACGGCCGGCCGCUCGAGCUCUUCUGCCGCACCGAAGGCCUCUGCGUGUGCUGCGUGUGCACCGUGCGUGAGUGUCGCCUCCACGAGAGGGUGCUGCUGGACGCCGAGCGCCGGGCGCGCGAGGCCCAGCUGAGAGCCACGCUGGAGGUCACCCAGCAGCAGGCCGCCCAGGCCAAGAGGCAGCUACAGGAGCUGCAGCAGCGAAGCAGCCAGAUCCAGAACUCAGCCUGCACCCUGAGCUCCGUGGUCUCUGGCAAGAUCAGCCGCCUGCUGCAGGCCCUGGAGUUGCGGCGGGCCAGGGCUCUGAGGGACAUCAGUGUGGCCAAGACCCAGGCCCUGGAGCAGGCUGAGGGGGAGAAACAGCGCCUGCAGGGCCACCUGGAGGCCGUGUCUCUCUGUGGUCACAGGACUCGCCACCUCCUGGAGCAUCUGGAUGACCAGACCUUCUUCCAGGAAUCACAGCAACUGGUGCCCCCAGGCCCUCUCGGGCCACUGACUCUCCCACAGUGGGACGAAGAUCAGCAGCUGGGCAGUCUGAAGGAGACACUGAGCCAGCUGUGUGCCCUCCUCCUGGAAGAGGGGGCUCACCCCGGAGGACCAGCUGAGGCUGCUGACUUGGGCUCCGUGGAGGCCCCAGGUCCCCUGGCACCAGUCCUGAGCCCCGUGUGUCCACUGAGGAGGAGACUCUGGCAGAAUUAUCGCAACCUGACCUUCGACCCUGUCAGCGCCAACCGCCACCUCUGCCUGUCUCAGCAGGACCAGCGGGUAAAGCACCUUCUAAAGCCCCGGGGCCCAGACAGGCCAGGCAGCUUCGAGCUCUGGCAGGUGCAGUGUGUCCAGAGCUUCCAGGCCGGGCAGCACUACUGGGAGGUGCGUGCGUCCAGCCACUCGGUGACGCUGGGUGUCGCCUACUCGGAACUGACGAGGCGCAGGCAGGGGCCCCACACGGACAACAUCGGCCGCGGGCCCAGCUCCUGGGGCCUCUGCGUUCAGGAGGACUGCACCCAGGCCUGGCACGACGGGAAGGCCCGGCGCCUCCCGGCCGUGUCAGGGCGGCUCCUGGGCGUGGAUUUGGACAUGGCCUCUGGCUGCCUCACCUUCUACAGCCUGGAACCCAAGACCCAACCCCUGCACACCUUCCAUGCCAUCUUCACCCGGCCCCUCUACCCCAUUUUCUGGCUCCUCGAGGGUCGGACCCUGACCUUGUGCCAUCAGCCCGAGGCCACCCUCCCUCCGGGGCUCCGGGAAGCGGCCUCGGGACUCAGCUGAGGAAAGCAAGGGAUGAGUGCCACCCACCCUGGUGACCCGGUGCCUCCAUUCCCGUGGGCCCCAGAACUGCCCCAGCUGCUCCCCUGGGGACCUGAGGCCACAGCUCUGAUGGGACCAGUUGUUGGCUGGAAGACCGACUCAGGAGCCGGCUGGGCCACGUGGAGAGAGAGGCGGGAGGAAGCCUCCAAGCUGGAGUUCCCCUUCCCCUCCUCUCUGAAGGGGGCGGGGCUCAAGGGAGGAAGAUGGGAGCCCAGUUCUAGGGCUGCCUGGAUCUCAGAGGACCGCGCGGUGCCCAGGUCCCGCGGGGGCGCGCACGCAGCGCAGGACGCACCACAGCGGGACGGAGUCACUCGCCGGACGACACCAGCUUACCUCCUGCCGAGACAGUGUAGGCCUCGGAGCAGAGGGUUCCUGGAGGCAAUCUUGAGAAGGUUGAUUUUUACCUUCUCCCUCCUCAUCUCUUUUCUAUUUUCCUUCACAUUUUGGUGAAGGAGAUAGUUUCGUCUUCUCUUUUACUUUGUACAUUCUGUGCUCAUAUUCUAUAAACAAUUGUGUUUUUCUGCA